CCACCCACCAACAGGAAUAAUGGCUGAAAAAGCGGAGUCUACAUUUUCACACCUUCUGGUUCCUAUUCUUCUCCUGAUUGGCUGGAUUGUGGGCUGCAUCAUAAUGAUUUAUGUUGUCUUCUCUUAGAAAGACAAGAAGAUAUCAGAUUGACAUCAUUUAGAAGAAUUAAGAAAACUAUGAACAUGACCGAUUAUUAAAUGUCUCAUCUUAAACAAUGCAAUGUUUGACAUCACUUUACAAACUUGGAUCAUAAACUGGCACUUUGGUGUGUAUAAGAAUUUCUUCAGGACAAUAAGAAAUUAUGAGUGAAUUUCUCUAUAUUCUGAGUGAGAAAAAUGUUUAGCUGUGACGAAAAAUGCGUCAUUAAAAAUGUUUGAUAAAUUUAACCACAUUACAAAAAAUUAUCCCCCCUGCCCUCUGGAAAAAACUAUAGAGAAAGUGGGCUGAGGCUGUGCAUGGAGGCUCAUGUCUGUAAUCCCAGCACUUAGUGGGGAUCCCUUGAGCCCAGAAAUUGGAGACCUGCCUAGGCGACAGAGAGAGACCCCAUCCCUACAAAAAAAAAAAAGAAAGAAAGAGAAAGAAA